CAUGGCAAACAAAUGGCUCUGUGUCCUUUUUUGCUUGCUCAUUUAUACAGGAGUUGUUAAGACAUCGCGGCUCACCCCUUAGUCAUUAGUGGUGAGUCGCUUUGGGUUUUGCAGCUGUGGUUGUAUUCUUAUUUUCCAGCCUUAGCUCCUGUCUCAUCUACUGUUCUAGCUCGGGAUCUACUCACCUACGGCUUCAUGUUCAAGAAUGCCGUAGAGAACGAGAAGAACUUCGAGGAGUGCCUCAAGUUUUUUGCUUCUCUGUCUGUUGAUCGUCCCGAUGCAGACUUUGCUGUGUUUCUUGGCAGAUCUCACAGUCCUUCAUGGUACAGGGUCGAUGUUAGUUCCCCAGAUUUCAGAGCGUUUUGGUCUGUUUGUGUGACCUCCCGAGAUUUGCUUGUUGGCUGUAGUUUGAACACCCUCAACUCUAGAUGUGGCAUGGAGCUUUAUGCACCGAACCAAUUCUAUCGGCAGUUAGGGUACUGCCAAGACAUACCAUUCCCGCCACUAUUUUCCUUCAACUACAGCUAUCCCCUUCGGUUCAUGAUUGGGGAUUCAAAGAUUUUGGUUACCAAACUUGCUGACAUCAGAAACACUCUGCAGACACUGAUCCUACCAGACCCUCCAUUCCACCCAAGCUGCACUUCCUUUUACAAAAGUUGGUGGCAAGACUACUUUCAUCCUCGGUUUCUUAGUGUUAUGGAGAAUAUUUCUGUUUUGGCCCCUCCACAGCUCACCAAAAAAUCUGAAGGGAAGAAAGUAGUAAAAGAGAAUGAGCAAAUUUUGAGCCUUUAGACAUGUGUAAUUUGCGUCACAUGAGCCUCCUUUGCUGCCAAGAAUUCUUCUUUCUUCUUUCUUCUUCAAGACAGCGGCAGUGCUAUCCGCUACAGACUUCCUAACAGAAUCUGCAGCCGCUACUUUGCUUUCAAGCACCCUGAAUUUUCUGCUGAAAUGGGUGUAGAUGGUGGUGAAGUCUGUCCAAAAUUUUUGUUGAGAUG